CCUGCAUGCAAGCAGAACAUAAUCCUAUUUUGGUAGUGGAUUUUUUUGAAGAGGGAGGAGUAAUAUCAUUGCGAGUUAUGCAAGGCUUUCAAACAAAUUCUUGGCAGUUCAAACGCUGAAACUGGCAAACAAUAAAAAAAAUUCUAUACUAAAAGAGCAGUCAUCUGAGAGUUCAACAAAGGCAUAAGAAAACAACAAAUCUUAAUAGACAGCUGCAAAAUAUACCAAGGAGAAUGGCACAGAACAUAGCAGUAAUUGGUGCUGGAAUCAGUGGUCUUGCGGCUCUUAAAUGUAGCUUAGAAGUUGGUAAUCGGACUGUUUGCUUUGAAAAAGGUGAUGACGUGGGUGGACUAUGGAAUUUCAUGGACCAUGCAGAGGAUGGAAGAGCAAGUAUCUACCGUUCUGUAUUCACUAAUGCUUGCAAAGUAAUGAUGUGUUAUCCUGAUUUUCCAAUACCAGAUGAGUACCCCAAUUUCAUGCAUAACAAAGUCUUUCAGGAUUACUUGCGCCUGUAUGCUAAAUAUUUUGACCUGCUGAGGCACAUCCAAUUUAAGACAGCUGUAGUUAGUGUGAAAAAAUGCCCAGAUUUUCAGGAAACGGGCAAAUGGGAAGUUGUUACAGAAUGCAAUGGGAAACAGAAAUCAACCAUCUUCGAUGCAGUGCUUGUCUGCACUGGCCAUCAUGUGUAUCCAAACCUUCCUCUGCAGUCCUUUCCUGGCAUUGAAAAGUUUAAAGGACAAUACAUGCAUAAUCGAGAUUAUAAGGAGCCAUCAGGCUAUGUUGGAAAGCGGGUACUAGUAGUAGGAUUAGGCAAUUCUGGAGCCGAUAUUUCUGUUGACCUCAGUCGUACUGCUGAAAAGGUAUGGCUCAGCACAAGAAGUGGGUCUUGGAUUAUGAGCAGAGUUUGGGAUAAUGGAUAUCCCUGGGACAUGGUUUACUUGACUCGCUACCAAUCCUUCCUAAAUAAAUUCCUUCCAAGAGCCCUAUCUGACUGGUUGUAUGAAAGAAUGAUGGAAAAAAGGUUCAGUCAUAAAAACUAUGGUCUGGUGCCGCUGAACAAGAGUCUAAGGAAGGAGCCUGUAUUCAAUGAUGAAAUAGCCACCUGUAUUACCUGUGGUACUGUCAUUGUAAAACCCAAUAUCAAAAAAUUUACUGAAACCUCUGCUGUGUUUGAAGAUGGGACCAUCAUCGACAACGUAGACGUAGUUAUAUUUGCCACUGGUUACAGCUACGCGUAUCCAUUCAUGGAUGACUCCAUUGUGAAGAAUAAUAAAAAUAAAGUGUCUCUCUACAAAGGAGUAUUUCCUCCAAAACUUGAAAAACCUACACUUGCUGUCAUUGGACUAGUCCAGUCUCUAGGAGGAAUUCCACCAACCUCUGAUGUUCAGGCUCGUUGGGCUGUCAGAGUUAUCAAGGGAGAAUGCAAACUUCCGUCUAAGGAAACAAUGACCAAAGAACUAGACGAAGAGGAAGGCGAAAAAAAGAACUGGUUUGGUCGGGGUGAGACUUUGUCAACAGAUUAUGUCACCUACAUGGAUGAACUAAGCUCAUACAUUGGUUGCAAACCCAACCUUCCUCUUCUUUUUCUUACGGAUCCCAUGUUGGCAUGGCAGGUCCUCUUCGGACCAUGUAGCCCUUACCAGUUUCGAUUGACGGGCCCUGGAAAAUGGGAUGGUGCAAGAAAUGCUAUUUUAAAUCAGUGGGACCAAACAAUUCAGGCCACGAAAACUCGUGUGGUGUCUUCAGACGCAGAGUCUUCCCCUUUUACUACAUUAAUCAAGUUGCUCUUUAUUCCUCUGCUCCUGUUUGCUGUCUUUCUGGCAUGGCCAUAACUGAUUUGCAAUUUGGGGGUUUUGUAUAUCCAAAUAUUCUUAUUACUGCAACUAAUAUAGAAUGGUCUGUUCACCUGAAAUGCUAUACUAGUUGCCAUAGUGAUAACACUUUCUGUACAAACCUCCAUGGUUUUUAAUAAUAAUUUUAUAAUGAGUGCUUUUAAACACAUAAUUUACAAUUUUAUAUUGAUGUGAUGCUUAGACUAUUUUAUUAACAGUUAUACAUUCUUUACUGGCUAAUACAAGAUUUAGAGUCUGAUUUUGUUACUUUUUAUUUUGUCAGGCCUAACAGGAAUGUGAGACCACAAACUUUUAUUAUUCAAUAUAUUAAAACCUGCAUUUAUUAAUAUA